CCGUAAUAAGUCACGUGAGCUGGUGUUGCAAAGCAACAGAAAAAGUACAGCACAAAAAGCUGUAGUACAUUGGGCCUUAAUUUGGAAAGCUGUAUGAGACGUUGAUGGAGAGGCAUGGCCCGCAUAUCUCUACCCUCUUUGGACUCCUCCCUUCCAGGGAUACCCCAGAGUGUCCUGGCUGUUUCCAUGGAAGCUAAGUACCAAUGUCAGCAGUGUCACCAGGUCCUGAGGAAGCCAGUCCAGGCUCAGUGUGGACAUCGUUUCUGUGUCCAUUGUUUCAAACUGCUCACCAGCUCCGGCCCAAAGCCCUGUGAAGCCUGUCGACAGGAAGAGAUAUAUGAGGAGCCACAGUCCAUUCUCAAUAGUAAUGAGGCUUUUCCAGACAAUGCAGCUGGUAGAGAAAUCGCCAGCCUGCCUGCCAAAUGUAUCAGUGAGGGAUGCUCUUGGACUGGUUGCAUAAAAGAAUAUGAGGCACAACAUGAGGGCAAGUGUGAGUAUGAGCGAGUACCAUGUGAAACCUGCCAGGUCCUUAUCCUGCGCAGUGAAAAAGAGAGGCAUAAUGAGAGAGAAUGUGAAGCAAGGACAUUGAACUGCAAGUACUGCAAAGUCUCCUUCAACUUCAAGGAAAUCAAGGCUCAUGAUGAAAUCUGCCAGAAGUUUCCCAUGCAGUGCAAGGACUGUGGAAAGAAAAAGAUCCCACGGGAAAAGUUUCUAGAUCACAGCAGAUCCUGUGCCAAGUCUAAGACUGCAUGUCCGUUCAGUGAGGUCGGCUGCAAGGUUGUGAUUGAUAAUGGGAAGCACAGUGACCACGAGCAGACUAGUGUCAUGGAGCACAUGCGUCUGAUCCUGGCGAUGAUGUCUCUGGUGCGGCUUCAGCGUCCAGAGGCCCCAGGGCUGGGGGAGUGGCAGGAGGACUCUGGGCUGGGCCUGUACCGCGCUCCCGAGGAUGGAGCCACGGCUACUGCAGCCACAGAUGGGGGAGGAGCCGCUGCCUCUGGACAGACCUUUGGUCUUGACCACAAGGUGAGAGCACUGGAGAAUAUAGUGUGUGUAUUGAACAGGGAAGUGGAGAGGAGUUCUCUCACUUUAGAGGCCUUCUCACGGCAACAUCGUCUAGACCAAGACAAGAUUGAGAACCUCGGCAACAAGGUACGUCAACUAGAGCGUACUCUCACCAUGCGGGACCUACAACUGGCUGAGACAGACCAGACUCUGAGAGAACUCCAGUUUUGCACCUUUGAUGGUGUCUUUGUCUGGAAGAUCGCCGACUUCUCACGGCGCCGCCAGGAUGCUGUGGCCGGGCGAACACCCGCUAUGUUCUCACCAGCAUUCUACUCAAGUAAAUAUGGCUAUAAGAUGUGUCUGAGACUGUAUCUGAAUGGGGACGGAACUGGUCGAGGGACUCACCUUUCUCUUUUCUUCGUGGUGAUGAGGGGCAAGUGUGACGCUCUGCUCAAAUGGCCCUUCAGUCAGAAGGUGACACUGAUGCUGCUGGAUCAGAAUAACAGGGAGCAUAUCAUUGAUGCCUUCCGGCCUGAUGUAAGCUCCACCUCUUUCCAGCGGCCAAUCAGUGAGAUGAACAUAGCCAGUGGCUGCCCACUCUUCUGCCCAUUGGCUAAACUGGCAGGCAAGAGCUCCUACCUUAGGGAUGACACCAUUUUCAUCAAGGCCAUUGUAGACCUCACAGGCCUGUAGUGACUGUGGAAGUCAAAGGCUUGUAGAAGUGGUGGUCAAAGGUCUGUAGAAACAGGAAGGGGUAGUUAAAGGCCCAAAAAUGCACAGCAGAAGAACACACACAAUGAUGACUUAUGACCAUAAAAUACAUUAAAUUAUAAAUAUAUUAAAUAAUAUAAUAUAAUUAUAAGCAUAAUCUAGGCAGUGUCUAUUUAGCCAGCUAACAGCAUUUGAAUGAAAACUCAGGUGGGUCAGAAAUUCUCUCAGGGAGAGCGCUAAUAUCUCAAGCUUUCGGUCCAUUCGUCAGAUCUGCAGGAUUAUAUAGAUAUUGUGAAUUGUAUUCAUUGAAGGCACUGGGAGUCACAUUUGUGGAACCAUCAAGUGUGCAGGAUGCACCACCAGUUGCAUGAUAAGGCAUUUACAGGGGAUUUCCAACAUAUUGUUUAUCAGAUUGCAAUGGAGGGUCUAGCCCACCCCAUAUGGGCCAUCUACGAGUGACGUGUUGUUCACCAUAGUUCACACUGUAAUAUUUAAAGUAAUAGUUACAGAGUCUUAUAGUGGAUGUCAGAAAUAGAUCUCGCAUAUGGGACAAUGGAGCGCCCUUCACUGGUAACGAAAAGAGAGAUCAGUAGAUUGGACACCAUUGCCUUGAAUUAAUAAGUCUCAACAUCCUUUACAUAAACAUGCAAAUUGUGGUGGACUGAACCAAUGCUUGAAUAGAGGACCACAGUAUGACUCAUAAUACCCAUAAAACCUAGCAGUCAAACAGGGAAAUGGUUCCAAUCAUUUUUUCACCAUUAAUUUUUCCCAUAGGGGAUUUUAGAAACACUUAAAAUAAGGGGUUUGUUUCGUGUAGGCUUACCCUGGCAUGACGUUUUAAUAACUGUGUAAAUCUCUCUAGGACAAGGUGACUUUUAUAAAUAUACUCACCUGUAUUUACCCCCAAAUUCAAUGCUAAUUAGCUGCUAAUGUGGCUAUCGUAAAGGACUACAAAUGCCAUGAUGAUCUGGGCGAGACUGCCGAAUCGAGGCAAAGGUAAUAAUGUCUGGAUUAACUAAUGUUAGCGGAAUGUAAUAAUGAAUAAAUUGGCUACAUUUCUUUCAAUGGACAAUUCUGUGAACUGUCUUGUGCAAGUUUUAAAUUGACACAAUACCUGUUAGCAAAGGUGUCGGCUAGAGUUGACGUGCAGGAGCUUACAGGGAUUUGUCGUUUUGCAUUAUGUCUACGUUGAUGCCAAUUAGUAAUUUAUUUUCUGCAAGUAAAUAGAGCAGAAUAUAUUGAUAAGUCACCUUGUCCAACAGAGAUUAAUGUGGUUGUCAAAAUGUCCCGACAGGGUGUGCCUCCACGAAUCAUCCCUGAGUUUAAGGGUGUCUAAAAUCCCCUAUGGGGAAAAAAGAAUAGUGUGAAAAUGAUUGGAACCAUUUCCCUGUUUAACCCCUAUGUUUUAUGGGUAUUAUGACACCUUUGCUGUGGGGUUCUUUUGGCCCUCUUGCUCAGCCUAUUUCUCACUGAUUGUAAAAGAUCCGUAGUGUUAUUUGCUAAUGUUUUAUAAAAAUGUUUGCUAAAGUAUUUUUCACUAGAAAAUGAGUAACCUUACCGGCAAAAUAUACUUUUAACAUCUAAUGCUGUUAGCUGGCUAGAUAACCACUGCCUCUAAAUAAUAUAUACAUCUCACACACAGUGCAUUCGUAAAGUAUUCAGACCACUUGACUUUUUCCACAUUUUGUUACGUUACAGCCUUAUUCUAAAACUGAUUAAAUUGUUUUUUUUCUUCAUCAAUCUACACACAAUACCUG